AUGAUUGGCCUGAUUGUUUUCAUGAUCCUGGGCACUGCAGCUGCAGUCCCUUUGGAUGACAAGAUUGUGGGGGGUUACGAGUGUCCAGCUCAUUCUCAACCCUGGCAAGUAUCCCUCAGUGAGGGCUAUCACUUUUGCGGCGGUGCUCUCAUUAACAACCAGUGGGUCAUUUCUGCUGCCCACUGCUGGAAAAUACCCUCUACCCAUGUUGCCAUUGUGGGUGAACAUACAAUCUGGUAUACUGAGGGCACAGAGCAGUAUAUGCCAAUUGACGACAUCUACACACAUGAGAGUUUUGAUUACUUCACCCUAGACUAUGACAUCAUGCUGAUGAAACUGAAAUACCCUGUUACUGUGAACGAGUACGUCAAGCCUAUUGCUUUACCCAAAGCCUGUCCCACACCCGGGGAUAUGUGCACAGCAUCUGGAUGGGGGCAGACAUUCCCUGGUCAAGAAUUUUCAUAUGAGCUACAUUGUGUAGAAGUCCCAAUUCUGUCUGACAUCGACUGUGAGAACUCCUACCCUGGCAGGAUUACUGAGAGCAUGAUGUGUGCUGGAUACCUGGACGGGGGCAAGGAUGCUUGUCAGGGUGACUCUGGUGGCCCUCUGGUGUGUAAUGGGGAGCUGCAGGGAAUCAUCUCUUGGGGCGUGGGCUGUGCUGAGCCCAACCUUCCAGGUGUCUACACCAAAGUCUGCUCUCUGGUUUCCUGGAUCAAUGACACUAUUUCCCGAUACAGCUAA